GUCCAUGUGCGCUGUGUGAACGUAAACUAGCUGCUGCUUCAAGGCAUUCCUCUUAAGUGACACUUCUCACUACACUGCUGUCUUUUGUUGCUACAAAUAGCCUCAGUCAGUCAGUCAGAGGCGCUGGAGUCAAUGAGAAAACAGAAUUCAAUAUCCGGAAUAACACUGGCUUCUUCAGGCCCACGGGUGGGGGACAAACAAGCAAAAAUAAGUCAAAUAUAAGUUCCUUAGAUAAGGUGAAAAUGUCUGCCCAACAAGUUUGUCUAGGAGAAACUGACGCAGAUAAAACUGUUGAAAGUGUUAUAAAACAUAAAGCUGAUUCUAAAGAGAUAGCCCCUAUAACACCUGAGAAUGUAACUCUAGACUCCAGUAUAGAAGAAGCCAAUGUAGUCUUGAAUCUUUUCUUAAACAACAAAUUUACAGAAGCCAGGCAACGCUUAGAACCAUGUGCUGGCUACAGUAUAUACCAUUCCUUAAGCUACAGUGUCAUUCUGUAUAUCCAAGCUAUGAUGACAUUUGACAUGGCAGACAUUGAAAAUGCCAUUGCUGCCAUCAAGAAAACAAUAAUUGUGUCAAACAAUUCCAGACGAAAAGGAAACUUGAUAGGUUCCUUGGCCCGUUCAACUAAAGAUCAAUACGAUAGCUAUACCGAAGCGGAAUGCCAUGCUGAACUUUGUUACGCCGAAGCCCUCCUAAUCCGAGCAAUGCUCACUUUUGUCCAAGACGAGAACUUGAUAAGUUUCGUGAAAGGUGGCCUGAAAAUCAGGGAAUGUUAUAAAACUUACAAAGACUGCAGCAAGAUGCUUCAACAAAGAAACUGUCCCAAUGAUAAACAUAAAGCUCAUUUUGAGAGUGGAGUCUGUAUGGGAAUUGGAUCAUUCAAUUUGAUGAUAUCCAUGUUACCAGGGAAGAUUUUACGUUUGCUUGAGUUUGUUGGAUUCACUGGCUACAAGAAUGAAGGAUUAAUUGAGCUGGACAAAGGAAGCCAACUUCAUACCAGUCUGAGAGGUCCACUCUGUUCAAUCAUCUUAGUGGCCUACCACACCGUGGUCAGUUUUGUUUUAGGUUUAGGUGAUGGUGAUGUGGAUUAUGCAGCUAAAGUGCUGAAGCCUUGUAUUAAAACAUAUCCGAAGGGAGCCUUGUUCCUAUUUUUCUCUGGUCGUGUGGAGGUUGUAAGGGCCAACAUUGAUGAGGCUGUGAUGAAAUUUGAAGAAUCCAUAGAAUCUCAAUCAGAAUGGAGACAGUUCCACCAUUUAUGUUACUGGGAACUCAUGUGGUGUCAUUGCUACAAGAAUGACUGGCUGAUUGCCAUGAAAUAUGCUGAACGACUCUGCAGGGAGAGUCGCUGGAGUAAGGCCACAUACACCUACCAAAAGGCAUCUUUCUUGAUGAUGUGUGAAAAUCCAACAGAAGACACCACCACCCACCUCGAGUACUUACUUGGGGAGGUCCCUAAACUGAAGCAACGGAUUGCUGGCAAGUCCCUCCCCAUUGAAAAGUUUGCUGUUUGUAAAGCCAAUAGAUUCUUUAGUCAAGGCGGCAAGUUGACGUUGCCUGGAUUGGAACUUCUUUAUGUGUGGAAUGGCUUUACAAUAAUUGGAAAGAAAGAGCAUCUGUUGACCCCGUUUAUGGAUAUGGUUGAAUCUACCAUCAAUACCAUCACAUCGAAUCCUGAUGCUUAUCCCAAUUACCACGAUGACUACAGUCUAGCUCUUUUACUGAAGGGAGUUUGUCUCAAAUACCGAGGACAAUAUUUCCAAGCUGAGCAAUGUUUCCUGGAGGUUAUUGGAUAUGAAAAGAAGAUAAAGAUCGAUACUUAUUUGGUCCCUUAUGCUCACCUGGAGCUGUCACUGAUGUACCUGAUUCUACAGAAGCCAGCUGAUGUCCAGAAUUAUAUACAAAAAGCCAAAAGAAACUACAAAGGCUACAUGCUUGAGUCUCGACUUCAUUUCCGCAUCCAUGCAGUGAAGAUCCAGCUGCAUGCCAAAUUCCAAAAUAAUUGUGAGAAUGACAGCGCACCACAGACACCAGGUGCUAACGAGAAAGAGAAAUUACUGGGUAGUAACGAGCAAAGCCCCACAUAACAUAAGAGUUUGGACACUUAGAAUUACUAUUAUCACCUGCUGUUCUAUGAUUUACCUGUUCCCCAUAAAUUCCACACAAAACUUUAUCGCAUUUAUCUCAAUAUGAAAUUUAGAGAGUUAAUAGUCAGUGCCACUGGUCACCACGGUUAAAAAUCUACAUGUGCAUGUGUGUGUGUGUGCGUGUGUUGUAUAGUAAAUGCAAUAAGUAUUUAUUUACAUAUAUAUGUGUAUGUAUGUAUGUAUGUAUGUAUGUAUAUAUGUAUGUAUGUAUGUAUGUUAAUUUUAUAUAUAUAUUUAAAAAUAAAUAUAGUAUCAAGUGAAGGUAAUAAACUUCGUUAAGGGUUCAUAAAUCCAAUGAAAAUCCUGGUUAGUUCCCACUCUACAGAAAGAUCAACUAUAAGGUAACCAUAUAAACCGUGGUUCAUAUAC